UGGGGCGCCACACCUCGUCCGGGGCCGGCCGGAAGUACACUCGGCCGGGGAGUUUCCGGCCUGCGCGGACCGCCGCCUUCCUUUCCAGCCGGAAGCCGCCCAGGAGAAGCACGUUUCGCCGCCAGCUGCGCCAUGCCGCCCAAAGACGACAAGAAGAAGAAGGACGCGGGCAAGUCCGCCAAGAAGGACAAGGACCCCGUCAACAAGUCCGGCGGCAAAGCUAAGAAGAAGAAGUGGUCCAAGGGGAAGGUGAGGGACAAGCUGAACAACCUGGUCCUCUUCGACAAAGCCACCUACGACAAGCUCUGCAAGGAGGUACCCAACUACAAGCUCAUCACGCCCGCCGUGGUCUCGGAGAGGCUGAAGAUCCGGGGGUCGCUCGCGCGAGCUGCGCUACAGGAGCUCCUGGGCAAAGGUCUAAUUAAACUGGUCUCCAAGCACAGAGCACAGGUCAUCUACACCCGAAACACUAAGGGAGGUGAUGCACCAGCUGCAGGAGAGGAUGUUUAAAAAGGUGAGCCCAGAUGACCAGUACAGCUCCACAUGGCCAAAGAGAACUUGGGUUGACCGACUACAUUGCAUCAGAGAGACCUAAUUUCUUCUUCGGUUUGCUUUGCAGAUUUUCAAAUGGCUUUCAGAGUUAAUUGUAUAGACGUGAAAAUAAAUUGAUUAAACUCUUUGAGGCUUUGUAA